ACAACGUGACCUAAAAAAAAAACCGCGUUUUUUUAUUCAAUAUCUCACGAAAUCGUUUGUGUCGCAGAUUUUCUGUAUUCCCACAUUAAUACUAAAACCAAAAUCACUGAGUGGGCACAAUGGUGGAGUAUGAAUUAUUUCAGCAACAAACAGUGUCUAUAAUGAAUCUGCUGACAGAAACAGCUCGAGAAGAAAUUCAGAAAGUUUUUGACUGUGAAUGUCCCGUCACAUCCCAAACGGAAACGUUUGAAAUGAAUGAGAGGCAGCGCAAACGGGCGAAGCUCACAGCUGUGAUGGGGAUCUUUACCAAGGUGGCUGUUCAGAAAAUAUGCAGACUUUACAGAUAUUGCUGUGCAACAAAGCAAACACAGCUAGAGGCCUUUAAAAAGACAACAGAAAGCUUAAACACUCAAACUGUCAGUGAUGUGCCUGAUUAUGUAGAAGUAGAUGUGACUCUAUCAAUGAGUCCAGAGAGACCAGAUCUGUCACCAGAAGAAAAUGUACAACAACAAGACCCUGUUAAUGGGUGGCAGGUGUGGAGUGAUGCCAAAGAGAAACCAAUGCCAAAAGUUGUGACAGAAGUUGAAGAGCAGGAUAAUGCAUCUAUUAAAGACCAGGAACCUGAAGUAAACAAACCAGCAGAGCAAACCACUGCACAGUCCAAGAAAAGAAAGAAAAGAAAGAAUAAUAUAUCAUAUGACUGUAAUGAGUGUGGAAAGAAAUACCGCUGGAAACAUAGACUAAAGCAGCACAAGUGUAGACAAGGCACCCCUCACGAAUGUGACAAGUGUGGGAAGAAGUUUGCAUUUCUAAAAGGACUUCAGAAACACCAAUUGAACCACACUGAGAAGAAAGGAAGCUGCAAAACAUGUGGGAAAACUUUUGCAGAUCUCAAGACACAUGAACUUGUCCACCUAGAAGUAAAGCCAUACCUUUGUGGUGUAUGUGGACGUGGCUUCACUGUAAAGGGGAGUUUACAAGCACACCAGAGAAUCCACACAGGUGAAAAACCAUACAGCUGUAACACAUGUGGGAAAACGUUUUCAACCUCAGGUAACCUGGCUGGCCAUCAAAGAGUUCAUUCAAAUGAGAAACCAUGGAAAUGCAGCAACUGUGACAAGACAUUCAAGACAAAAAAAAAACUGAAAUCACACCAGCUUGUGCAUACAGGAGAGAAACCUCAUACAUGUCAUGUAUGUGGCCAAACGUUUGUGCAUCUCAUGAGCCUCACAAGCCACAUUCACAUUCACAGUGGUGCAAAACGUUACGCAUGCGUUGUUUGCGGCAAGCAAUUUAAUCUGACAAAAUAUCUGAAGAGGCACAUGGCAGUACAUGGAUCUCAAAAGUCAUUCAUGUGUGAAACAUGUGGGAAAAGUUUUGCAUUUAAUUAUGCUUUGAAGAAGCACCAGCUCACUCAUAGUGAUAAUGGGAACUCUUUUCGUUGUGAGGUAUGUGGGAAGAGCUACGUUACUGUCUCUAGACUCGAAAUGCAUAAGAAACUCCACACAGACAACGAUCCAUACAUGUGUAAAGUGUGUGGUAGAAGCUAUAGCAGUACAAAUUCACUGCAGGAACAUGAGAAACUUCAUUCAGGGGUGGCUCCAUUCAAGUGUGAAGUGUGUGGUAAGACUUUUGCUCAGAGAGCUGGCUUGAAAAUGCAUGAAGUUGUUCAUAGCAAAGAAACACCAUACAAGUGUUCUAUCUGUGGGAAGAUGUUCGGCCUGCCAAAUUGUCUGAAAGUGCACAUGCUCAUUCACUCUGGUAAGAAACCACACAAGUGCGAAACAUGUGGAAUGUCCUUUCGCUUAUCGGGAAGCUUAAAGCGACACAGGCGUGUUCACACUGGAGAGAAGCCAUACAGCUGUGAAGUCUGUGGGAAAAGGUUCGGACAACCCAACAAUGUAAAAGCUCAUAUGCAAAUCCAUACUGGAAUGAAACCCUACACAUGCCAGAAAUGUGGGAAGAGUUAUGCUUAUGUUAGAAAUUAUAAUGAUCACAAAUGUAAACCUGCAUAAAAAAAAAAAAAAAACAUGGUAGAAACUUCGAGCACCAUUUUCAUGUUGUAUUUGUAAUAUAUUUUAAUCAAAUGUUUGGUAAAACUGUAUAUCCACUGUAGCUGUAAAUGAUACAGAUGUUAUUAAAGCUGUUCAGAAUUUAAAAAAAACUAUUGUCUGUAAAUGUUAGACAUUCUUAAUAAAACUUUUUUGUUAUGAAUAGAAACA